CAGGCUACUCCGUCUAAAAACUUUGCAGGCAUGGUGAUCAUCCCAGAUGUUAGUUGACGCAACAUUCUCCACAAAGAGAAACUAUACAUGAUGCAAUCACUGUUGAGGCAUUCCAGAGUGCUUCAUCCCUGUGCGAGACCCUUGCCCGCUCACACACAGUGUAGCAGCAAUGCUUACACCAACCCAGCUGAGCCCAAGUCUUCCUAUGAUGCUGUUGUUAUCGGCUCAGGACACAAUGGACUGGUGUGUGCUGCGUACCUGCAGAAGGCUGGUUUAGAUGUGUGUGUGUUGGAGAGACGUUACGUGAUAGGUGGAGCUGCUGUCACGGAGGAAAUUGUUCCAGGAUAUAAAUUCUCCAGAGCAUCGUAUCUUUUAAGUUUGUUGAGGCCUCAGAUAAUAUCAGAUCUGGAAUUAAAAAAGUAUGGACUGAAGGUUUACCUGCGUGACCCCUCCUCGUAUACCCCGCUAAUAGAGCCUGCUGGGAAGGAUGGCACUGCCCGCUCACUCACUAUAUACAGGGACCAAGAAAAAACAGCCAAUCAGAUUGCUCAGUUCUCUACAAAGGAUGCUCAGGCAUUUUCUGCCUAUGAAGCGCAGUUGGGGAGGAUAGUUGAUGCCAUAGAUCCCCUGCUUGAUCAUCCCCCGCCCCAUCUUACCAGUCUGCUCAAGUCUCAGGGCCUUCGAGAGAAGCUCAAGCUUGUCUCUGCCAUCAAACCGCUCUUAUAUGCUGGUAAAGCUCUUGAUGAUGAGAUCCCUAGUUUUUAUGAACUUCUGACAUCUCCAGCAAUUAAGAUAUUGGACAAAUGGUUUGAUUCUGAACCUCUUAAGGCAACUUUAGCGACUGACUCCGUUAUUGGUGCUAUGAUGAGCCCUAAGAUGCCAGGCAGUGGGUAUGUGUUGUUGCACCAUGUGAUGGGUGGGUUAGAGGGAGUGGCUGGAGCCUGGGGCUAUGUGGAAGGAGGGAUGGGUGCAGUGUCUCAGGCCAUAGCAUCCUGUGCUGAGGACCACGGGGCCAGCAUAUUCACUGAGAAGGCUGUAUUAGAGAUUAUAAUAAAUGGACAAGGAGAAGUAACUGGUGUCCUCCUGGAUAAUGGAAUGGAAAUCAAUGCUAAGAUUGUACUGUCAAAUGCCACACCUAAAGUGACCUUCCUUGACCUUCUGCCCAUGGGAGCACUUCCAGAAAACCUGACGGCUGAAGUCUCAACAAUAGAUUACACAUCACCUGUGACGAAGAUAAAUGUUGCUGUGAAUAAGCUACCCAACUUCCUGGCUGACCCUAACAUUGAUGAGAAGACGGCCAUGCCACACCACCAGUCCACCAUCCACAUCAACUGCGAGGACACAGAGCUCAUUCACCAGGCUUACUUAGAUGCUCAGAUGGGGAGAGCAUCCAGCAAACCGAUGAUUGAAAUGGUAAUUCCAUCCAGCCUUGACCCGACCAUAGCUCCCCCUGGUGGCCAUGUGGUGCUACUCUUCACUCAGUAUACACCUUACAAACUGGCUGAUGGGGAAUGGGAUGAGGCAGCCAAGAAUAGAUAUGCUGACACUGUGUUUUCCUGUAUAGAGCAGUAUGCCCCAGGUUUCAUGGAGAGUGUGGUGGGCAGAGACGUCCUGACUCCACCGGAUCUGGAGAGAACAUUUGGCAUCACUGGAGGGAAUAUUUUCCAUGGAGCACUGUCACUGGAUCAGUUAUAUCAGUCUAGGCCGACACCUGUACUGUGUAAUUACCGCUGCCCUCUCAAAGGCCUCUACCUGUGUGGUAGUGGGGCUCAUCCAGGGGGAGGUGUUCUAGGCUCACCGGGAAGAUUGGCUGCAAUGGAGGCUCUCAAAGACUGGAAGAGUUUGAAACGGAAGAGCAGAGCUGGCUAAAGACUAAUCUCCCCAAAAAGUUUUAAUCAAUAUUUUAAUAACCAAG